AUGCCGGUCCGCAGGGGCCAUGUGGCCCCGCAGAACACCUUCUUGGAUACCAUCAUCAGGAAAUUUGACAGUCAAUGUCGAAAGUUUCUCAUCGCCAAUGCUAGAGUGGAAAACUGUGCCAUCAUCUUCUGCAAUGAUGGUUUCUGCCACAUGUGUGGUUACACGCGGGCUGAGAUCAUGCAGAAGCCAUGCACCUGCAACUUCCUGUACGGACCCGACACCAAGCGGCUGGCCAUCGCCCAGAUGACGCAGGCCUUGCUGGGCUCCGAGGAGCGGAAAGUGGAGAUCAGCCUGUACAGAAAAGACGGUCAGUGUUUCCUGUGUAUGGUGGAUGUGGUGCCAGUGAAGAACGAGGAUGGCCUGGUGAUCAUGUUCAUCCUGAACUUUGAGGUCAUGACUGAGGACACACUCACACAGGAGCAUAAACAGGAGCUGAACCACCGCCUGCCCACCUGGCUCGUCACAGGUCGUCCACGAGGCUUUAAGCUGCGUUUUCCCCCGCUGCGUUCCUUGUCCAACAGUAAAUCUUCACUUGAUGACCCAGAGGCUCGUCACGUCCCCAUCGCCACACCUCUGCCACUGCAUCCGAACCACAGCAGUCACAAGUCCUUAGGCCCGGGGGAAUUCCUGCCCCUCUCGUCUCUACCACCAGACCUCAGUGGAAGCAGGUCAGUUCUUCAUAGUUGGCCAGAAGACGGCCAGGAAGACCAGCGCACUGCCCAUCUGGUCGGUCCUCUCAACCAGUCGUCGCCUUGCGUAGGAGCCCACCAUCGGCUCAGCCUCAACCCAGACGGCUCAACCUCGAACUGCUCCCUGUCUCACAGCCGCUCACGGGAAAGCUUCCACAGCAUGCGUCGCGCCUCUUCUGUAGACGAAAUCGAGGCCAUGAGGCCCGAUUGGGACCGAAAGAACCGGAGGGCCAGUAUCCGGCCAGCCAGCAGCAGCACCGGUGCAGUGAACAGCAAGUCAAACAUUUUGAACUCCACAUCAGAUUCGGACCUGAUGCGGUACCGUACAAUUUCCAAGAUCCCUCAGAUCACCCUCAACUUUGUGGAUUUCAAGCCAGACCCACUCAUCGCCCUGCCCCCCGGGGAGAUGGACAUCAUAGCUCCCUGCAAACUGAUUGACCGGACACACAACGUCACAGAGAAGGUCACACAGGUAGAGUGCCGUCCACAGGUGUCGUGUAGGCUGUCCAGAGGGGCGUGA